UCGUAGUUGCUUUGCAUGGUGUUACGGGACAAUCAUGCAGUUGUAAGUGAGUACUUGCCGGGUAUCAACUUAUAUUUGUUGGCUUGGUUAAGAACGCAUUUAGUACUUUAUAAGGCGAUGUUCAGCACUCCUCAGUCGCAGUCACCUGAGCUGAGACAACUACAACACAGCACCAUGAAGAUUUCGCUGCUUUUCGUCGCCAUCGCCGUUGUGGCUCUGGCUCAGAUGGGCUGUGCCGCUCCGCAGCCGAAGCCCUUCAACUUCGGGAAGCUCGUCUCGAAGGUCGGCAACGUGAUGAGCGACAAGGGCAACUGCCUGGUCAAGAAGGGCGUGCCCAAGAGCCUCCUGAAGAAGGCCAUCGGCUGCUCCCCGUCGGCCUUCAUCGGCGUCGGCACCUACGCGGCCUGCGCGGGCAUCGCCAGCAUCCCCGACGCCAGGAAUGCCGUCUCCUGCUUCACGGGCUAGACGAGCCAGCCAUCCCCCAGUCCACUCCAACACCCAGGUACAUUAAAGCAAACAACAACAAGA